AUGCAGUCCAAACGCGAAUGUGAGGCCGUGGCUACAGGGUCUCCAAUUUACCGGAGGCAGGGACAUCGGCAGUGCACAAUUCCAAUUUGCCUUUUCCCUCAGCAAUGGUGUGAGAGGGUGAAUCCCGAAAAUAAGGCGGCCCUGGAGGCGUGGGUCAGGGAGACAGGCGUCCGCCUAGUGCAAGUGAACGGGCAGAGGAAGUAUGGCGGGCCACCCCCAGGCUGGGUGGGCAGCCCGCCGCCGGCGGGCUCCGAGGUGUUUAUCGGCCGGCUGCCCCAGGACGUGUACGAGCACCAGCUGAUCCCACUCUUCCAGCGUGUGGGCCGGCUUUACGAGUUCCGCCUGAUGAUGACCUUCAGUGGCCUGAACCGGGGCUUCGCCUACGCCCGCUACAGCUCGCGGCGCGGCGCCCAGGCAGCCAUCGCCACGCUGCACAACCACCCUCUGCGACCGUCGUGCCCGCUGCUCGUCUGCCGCAGCACCGAGAAGUGUGAGCUGAGCGUGGACGGGCUGCCGCUGGGCGUGACCCACAACAUGCUGCUGCUGGCGUUGCAGCCCCUGGGGCCCGGCCUGCAGGAGGCGCAGCUGCUGCCCAGUCCUGGCCGGCAGCCCGCGCAGAUAGCGCUGCUCAAGUUCAGCUCGCACCGCGCCGCCGCCAUGGCCAAAAAGGCCCUAAUAGAAGGUCAGUCACGCCUCUGUGGAGAACAGGUGGCUGUGGAGUGGCUCAAGCCAGACCUAAAGCAGUGGCUCCGCCAGCAGCUUGUGGGUCCCUCACUUCAGUGCCUUCAGCCAGAUGGCAGCCAACUGGUCCUGGCCAGGGGCAAGCUGGGGUACCAAGGUUCUCGGGCUACUCUGCAGCUGCUGUGCCAACGAAUGAAGCUGGGCAGCCCAAUAUUCUUAACCAAAUGUUUGGGUGCAGGACCUGCUGGCUGGCACCGCUUCUGGUACCAGGUAGUGAUCCCUGGGCAUCCAGUACCUUUUAGCGGCCUCAUCUGGGUCGUGCUGGCCACGGAUGGGCAGGAUGCACAUGAGGUGGCCAAGGAUGCUGUGUCUGCUCGGCUGCUGGAGGCGUUGAGUGAAUCUGCAGGUGGUCUUUUAUGGUUUUCAGGAGCUGAAGCAGGUUCUGUGGUUAAGCAGUGAUGCCUGCAUCUCCCCACAGGCAGCCUGAACUGUAGGCAGGGCCUGUAUCAGCCUUCAGCCCAGCAGGCCUGGGCAGCAGCUACUGGUUCUCAGAGGGGGAGUGGGGCAGGGCCCAAGCAACAUCUGAGGACUACUCAGAUUUGGCUUAAGUUCUGGUGAGGUACCUUGCCCUUCCACCCUGUACCCAGGGUCUUGCCGACUCCAGUCUGGUUUCUCUUUGGCCAUUCCCU